GAGGGAGAGAGGGUAAACAGCAGCACAGGGUUUCUAUAGCUACUGGCACAGAUCUGCGCGAGAGAAAGAGAGAGAGCGAGACAAUCGCAAUCUGUGGCGCCGCAUUGAUCGACGCUGCAGCAGCCCUCCGACCCCAGACCACCCCUCCGACUGACAACAUACGAGCAACAGAUAUGCCCGGCCGCCGCGACGGGGCCCCGCGGGCCUGACCGGCCCCGCCAACCGGCCCUCGCUGCACCCGGACGCGAGCGCGAGGGAUGCGACCCUCCAUCCGCUGGCAAGUUCAUCUUGGCUGUCGCAAGGGGUAGCGGCAUGUGCGCUUCCCAGAGGUGAGGAGGCGGCAGCGCGAGGAUGCCCCACGGCAGCACCUGCUGAAGGGGCUGCGAUGACUCUGCAGGCCGCGUCCACCUCGCAAGAGACCUGCAGGUCGCUCGGUGCCAAGAGUUUCGCAGACAAGGCCGUCUCGACGGAGGACCUGAGGAUGGCGUCGCCGCCGCCGCCGCAACCGCCCCAGCCGCCGCUCGUCAACUCGGUGGUGGCCAACGAGUUGCUGCGCCUCGAGACGGCCAUCAGCGCCAUGAUGGCCGCCACCGAGAACGACUUCGAGGACUUCCAGCCGCGAAGGCCGCGCAGCCAUUCGCACCACUGUUUCUUCCAAGACCCCGCCGCCGUCCAUCCAAGAAGAUGCCGGCGGUCAGCGAGCGCGAUGAUCAUCCUGCAGCCCAAGUACGGGGGCCGCGGGACACCACACGUGCCGCACCCUGGCUGCUGUCUCAGCCCGUGCUCCGUGGAAGUGGCCGAGGAGGGCGCGGCCGGGCCGUCGAGUUCGCGGGGCAGCAGCCACAAAACGCGCAAGAAGCGGCGGAAAGUGAUCGCCGAGCAGGUGGGGGGCGCGCGGCCCCGCAAGAGGCCGCCCGUCGACCCGGACGAACUGUCCAAACGGGCGCGCUGGACAAUCGUGGCCACCGCCUGCCUCUUGUUUUUCAUGUGCUUUUUGCUUGUUGGCAUUACCCUGAGAAUGACUCCAAUCAUUGACGAAAUGGUUCGCAAAGAGAACGAGCAGCUGAUGAACUCGUUGAAUCGCGCCGAGCUUGAAUCGGACGUAGCAGCAGCCGUGGCCAACGACGCUUGGAACUCGACAAUCGCCGUUGACCCCGAGUCGAGUCCGGCCCCGCUGGACCUUCAAGACUCGAAGAACGUCUCGCACCCAUCCACAGGUGACUGACGAGAAUUGCGCAGCCCUUUUUAAAAAAAGUGAUGAUAAUAAGUGCGUUUUCUAACGAAUUGCGCUGCAAUUGUGUCUCAAAAGGUUGUUGCCAUGCCUCUGUAUUUGCCCUUGUCCAUUAUAUAGCAUUUUAACGCAUUUUUACGGUUGUUCUCGAGGUUGGAGCGUCGCCGCUUGAAGAGCGCCACUUUGCCCAAAACACUCUAAAAAGUGGUUUCCACUCGCGCAGAGUUGCAUCUAAACACACGUUGAGAGUCCGUAAACGCAAAACCGCGUCGGAAUUUGUUGCAAAAUUAAAAAACAAAAAAGGAGGAAAAUGCAAAAUCAAAAGAAUUGUUGACUUAAGAAAGAAAUUUUGAGUCUAAAAAAUUAUAAGCUUGGAUAGAAUUUCCUUUCUUGGAAUAUUAAAUUAUUGUAGCUCUAUAGCGCGCGCUUUUUGAAAAACUCGUUUCAUGUCGUAAAAAUUACUAGUGUGUCAAUUUUUGUGCUAAAAAAGUAGAGUUUGUGUAACUACGUGUUUCAAACAAGUUCAGUGUAAUAUAUUAAUUCGAUUGCUGUAGAUUCCGCUUUGUCACGCAAACAAACACUUUUCAUGAUUAUAAAGACUGAUGUUUAACCGACACACAUACAUGUAUAACAAAAAUUUAAAUGGACAUUCACCUUUAAAUGAAGAAAUACCGAGUAAUUAGAAGCGCAGCAAAGAGACGGGUUGGUUGAGGGUGAUUUAUAUAAAACGUUUAAACACACGAGAAUCAAAACGCUAAAAAUCCUGGUCGUCGAACGGCGCCCAGGGGACUUUAAAACUCUUCCACUGAAAAAAAACUGCUGUCAUUAAAUUUUAAGAGCAACAGAGAGUUAAAAACCAGAGUUCAUACUACAUGCAUAGAGUACUUUAAUAAGUAAAAAUAAAAUUGUUCUUGUUAUUUGCCUAUCGAGUAUAAUCGUUACGAAAUUAUUUUGCAGCAAAUACAUUUGUAGUCAUUGUAAGUACGUCGUUACAAGUAUAUUUUUGCAUUUUAUACAGAUAAAUAGCGGCUGCGGGUUGUACGGGGAAAUUUAUCACGAAUAUUUGUUACUUUCCGAAUUCGCUGGGAAUUAAAUGUACAUAUAUGCGACGAGUCCCGCGCAACGGGAGCUAAAAUCGAAAGAGCCUUUUACUGUAAUUGUAUAGGAGGAAUCGAAUGUGGUGCUGAUCAAGCUGGCGACGCGUGUACACACUCGGAUAAUAAGAAAGUUUUAAAAGAAUUUGAGAGAGAGAGAGAAAAUCGUAAAUGAAAAUUAUUAUAUUGAGCUGAGAAAUCAGAUUUUGGCAGAAGAGGAUAUGUAAAAAAAAUAGCUGCGCCUACACGACAGAGCGAUAAGUGCUGUGCUAUCGUCUAAUUAAUUGAUUUUUGCCUCAAAGUUUCGCUCUGCAAAAAUUCGUAUGAAAAUGUUGAUACAAAAAUUAUAUUGAGAUGGAGCGAAACUUACGAAAAAGUACAAUUUUUCGCAUGCUAAUCAACUUAAUUAAUUACAAUAAAACACUUUUUCUCCGAGGGUCCAUCUCUUAUAUUGGUUAUCCCUCGAAUUUUGAAGGCCUAUAGAGUAAUUUAAUUAAAAAUACACUUACAAUCGAUGAAAUACUACUUUUUAAAAGAGAGAGCGCGUGUAUGUAGCCUUUUCUCCUAUGUAACGACUUGUAAUGGAUUAAUUGAGGUUAUAUACCGUGUUAUAUAAAACAAACGUAUGUUUCUCACAGUGCAGCUCAAAGUUACAUUGAAUCGUCUGUAGCCUUUUGUCUAAAGUUAAGUGAGAGAGAUUGAAAGUUGAUAUUAUAUAAAAAAAAAAAAGAA